UAAUUAUUAUACUUACCUUAUCCGUACUCAUAGUACACUUUAUGCUACUGUCGACUGUUAAUUUGAUAAUUAUUCGUAUUGUUAAACUUAUAGUAAAAAUAGAAGAUACUCGUAAUUUUUUAAUUUAUCCGCUAAAGUUGAAAUUAUAAUAGUGACGUGGAUUAAUAUUGUUAAUACUUUAAUUAGUUUGAAGUUUGUAGGUGUCUAAUGUAAUUUGUCAUUGUUUUCUCCAUUGUGUAUUCAUUGUAUAUCUAUUGCUGAAGUUAUCAAAAAUGCCUAUCCUAUUUAGUGUUGUUGCCCGCGGUACUAUUGUUUUAGCCAAAUAUGCGACAUGUGCCGGUAACUUUACAGAAGUAACAGAACAAAUUUUAUCGAAAAUACCACCUCACGAUGACAAACUUACAUAUUCCCAUGGAAAUUAUCUAUUCCAUUACAUCGCAGAAAAUAAAUUGGUGUAUUUUUGCAUUACUGAUGACAAAUUUCAACGUUCGAGAGCAUUCCUCUUUUUAAAUGAAAUUAAAAGAAGGUUUACAUCAUUAUUUGGUGACACUGCCCAAACUGCUAUACCAUAUGCCAUGAACAGUGAAUUUGCAAGAGUUCUGGCCACUGAAAUGAAGCACUAUAGUGAGUCAAAAGAUCUAGAAACUAUCUCCAGGGUCCAUGGAGAGUUGGAUGAACUUAAAAAUAUCAUGGUCAAAAACAUUGAUAAUAUGGCAAUGCGUGGAGAAAAAUUGGAGCUGCUUGUAAAUAAGGCAGAUAAUCUAGCCACAAGUUCCGUUUCGUACCGCACUUCUGCAAGGACUCUACAACGUUCGCUGUUUUGGAAAAAUAUAAAAAUGUACGUCAUUCUGACUCUAAUAGCUGCAUUAGCAAUUUAUCUGAUCGGGGCGAUGGCAUGUGGCGGCCUCGCUUGGCGAUCCUGUGUCGGCUAAACUGAUAUUAUUCCUAUAUCAUAUUUCAUAAUAUACAACAUAAUAUUAUUAUAUCAGAUAAUAAAUUCAGUUAAUUAGUAAUUAUACCUAUCCAAAUAUUUAUCUUAUUAUUGAGACAAAAUAUUAAAAAUAAAUAGUUUAAAAUCUGUUGUAGACGUAGCAGUCGUUAGUAUUAUUUGAUUAAUAGCACGAAAAUAAGCAAAAAAUAUAUGUCGUCUCGCUUUCACUUUCACCCAGUUCGAAUAGAAUAAUCGUUAUAAAAAUACUAAAUAUAAUCACUUCUAUUUACAAAUAUCUUAAAAUAUAAAUGUUAAGCCCCAGUCACAUUCCAAUCACAAACCCGAUUAUUUAAUAUUUUACUUUUUUUUAAUUAGCAACACUUAAUUAAAUAGAACCUUAGUGUGAUGCCAAGACGUGAAGCUAGAAAGUUACCCGUCCCGGCGUCAUACGAGUACACUAAGGUUCUAUAUACAAAGUUUAGAUAGAAGAACAAACAUAAAAAGAAUAAAUCUCAUUUUUUCUGACUAGGAAAGUUGAAAUUCUCGGCUUUUCUGUACUUUUAUAUACACGUAGUAUACACAUUAACUUUCCCCUUGAAUUACUAUGUUUAUUGAUGAUAACCGCAAUAAAAUUAGUUAUGUAGUUAAAAAAAUCUUAGCGUAGAGAUGGCGGGAAGUGAUUUUAGUUUUAUAAUAUGUAGAGAUAUAGUCGCAGUUCUGAUUUUCUCAUGUUCACAAUCUUGACUAUUUGACAUAAAAUAUUUAUACGUACUUCUCAUAUUAUAUGGAAUAUAAAAUAUAACAGUUAUUUGAUUUUUCAAAUCAGUUCACGGAUGAUGUGUAACAGAAUUGGCGUUAUUAUUUUUAUUAGGUAUGUCCUGUUGCAUUGAAGUCUGUUAACUAUAAAUGUUAAAAGAAGAAGCGAAAGCAUAACAUCUUUUGUAAAACAUCUAUUGAAAGUUUUGAAUAAUUUUAACUACAUAACACUAUUCGAACACUUAUUAUUCUAGAUAAUUUAAUGAACAUGAGCAUAUAGUUUAAUCCACAUCGGAUCCAAACCUCAAGUGGAGAGGUGACUUUUGCCCAGUUGUGGGUUAAUUAUUUAACAUUGUUACAUUCUACCGAAAUUUAAAUGUAAACAACAUAAAUAUAAAACAGUGUUUAUAAAUGAAAAAGAGAUGCAGAACAUAGCAAUAUCUAGUUGUUUCUAAUGCAAUUAUUCUAAUUUUACAGCUGAUGAUUAAAUUAAAAGUUUAACACAUAUAUAAAAAAAAAUGUUUAAUUUGUAACUUUAAAGUAUAUCUUAUAGUUAGUAUAUACCUAUUGUAAAAAUUACUUUAAAACCAAGUAUGUUUUUCCCCAUAAAGUAACCAAAAUAAUGAAUGCAAUUGUUAACUGAAUUUCAAAUAUAUACUUAAAUGUCAUAAAAUUGGAUUUAUUAUAGGGAUUUAUUUAUAGGUUUUUUUUUUAUUUCGUCUAAUUAUAAUUUUUACUUAAAUUUUUUGUUCAUUGUUAGUCCACAUACCUAAUUUGUUUGUAGUAUUAUUGUAUAUUAUGGAAAUUAAUUCAAGUAUAAUGUUCUAGCGUGAAUGUUCUGCAAUUGUGGAAUAUACUUUUUAAACACCAUACUCAAAAUCCAGACUAAAAAUGACUUUGUUUUCAAUAAAUGAUAUUCUUAAAUUAUCUUCCAUAAUAUUAAUAACAAUUAUUAAAGAAAAUGUAUGUAUUUUGUAAUUAUCAUUGAAUUGUUUUAUGUAUUAUAAAGACUUUUAAAGUAUUGUGAUAUCUUUAUAUUGUAAGUAUAAUACGAAUUUGUUUAAUAACCAUGUGGAACCAUGUUAUAAAUUUGUAGAUUAUUAUAAA